UCUGACAGCUUUUUUUGGCAAUUUGAUAUUAGACAGGUCCACUAUUUCAUUUUGUUGCAUAACUGGGCUAAUAUUCAUUCCUUCAGUUAUAUUAAUACAAAUUAUUCGAAAAAAUGCAGGCUCCGAGGUUAUUAGUGAGUCGACUUGCUAGACAAAGUACCAGAAAUAAUGUACGUUACGACCAUCAUGCUCCAGCUCAGAGCUCCUACAAUGAUCUUCCCCAGCCUCAGGGUAACUGGAAAACACAUUAUGAUGCCAAUCAACGCAAAUACAAUGCCCACCUAGCCCUUGGCAUUGGUGUUUUUGUGGGAUCAAUUCUAUUUGGAAAGGUUGCUGGUUUCUGGGAGUUCUACAACGACAUUCCAGAACAACCAGCCAAAAUUGAUUCAUACAAAUGAAUUGUUAAAUGUUUUAGCACAUUAAAUAGUAUGUAGUUACAUUUUUGCCUUGUGAGCAAA